GAAACUUAGAAACCCAAAAGCCCAAACCCCCCAAUCCAAACAAAACCUUUUGCUCCUUAUCCUAUCUUCUUCUCUUCUCUAUCCCCCCUUCCUUCUAUUAAAAUCCAUUCACAAGAUUUCCUCCCUUUUUAUCCCCAUAUUAUCCCCUCCCCUCCAUUCCUCAUUUUCUUGCUCACUCUUUGGAAGAAACCACAGAACUGAAGAGUUGGGUUCAUGGCCCCCAAGUCUGGAAGGGGAAAGGGAAACAAACCCAAGGCUGAUAAGAAGAAGAAGGAAGAGAAAGUUAUUCCCAGUGUUCUUGACAUCACAGUUGUCACUCCAUAUGAUACCCACGUUGUUCUCAAGGGUAUCUCCACGGACAAGAUUCUGGAUGUGAAGAGGCUGCUGGCUUCCAAUGUGCAAACUUGUCAUUUCACUAACUACUCCCUGUCACACGAGGUGAAAGGGGCGAAGCUGAAUGACAGGUUUGAGGUUGUUGCUCUAAAGCCAUGUUUUCUGAGAAUGGUUGAAGAGGACUAUGCGGAGGAGGCCCAAGCGGAGGCGCAUGUUCGCAGGCUACUCGACAUUGUCGCGUGCACCACGCGCUUCGGCAAGUCCAGAGGCGGCGCCGCCAAACCGUCAACGCCCUCCGCCAACGACGCUCGCGCCAGGAAGCACAAGUCGCAGCUCAAUGCGGCGGAGGCCUGCCGGCCGGACUCGCCGUCCGAUGGAGCCGUACGGGCCCCGGAUUCUCCUUCUCCGGCCGUCUCGGAAGAGUAUGACAUGCUGGCGAUCCACCCCAUUCCGAAGCUUUCUGAUUUCUACGAGUUCCUGUCUUUGUCUCACCUCUCCCCGCCUAUAAUAAGUUUGAAGAGGUUGGAACUAAAGGAUGGCCAAUCGGAUCAAAAUGGCGACUAUUUUGAAAUGCAGAUUAAGAUAUGCAAUGGCAAGUUACUACAAGUGGUGGCUUCAAAAACUGGUUACUAUCCUUUGGGAAAGCCAUUUAUACGUGCCCAUUGUUUGGUUGAUCUUCUUCAACAGCUCAGCCAAGCAUUUGCUAAAGCAUACGAAUCAUUGAUGAAUGCCUUUGUUGACCAUAAUAAGUUCGGUAAUCUUCCGUAUGGUUUCCGCGCCAAUACGUGGCUUGUCCCCCCAACCCUUAUAGAUCUUGGACCAAAUUUCAUUCCUCUUCCAGUUGAAGAUGUGAGCUGGGGUGGUAAUGGUGGAGGCCAGGGGAGAUAUGGAGAGCAUGAUCUUAGACCUUGGGCUUCAGAAUUCCAUAUACUUGCAAAUCUUCCUUGUAAAACUGAAGAGGAAAGGGUUGUUCGAGAUCGAAAGGCUUUUUUGCUGCAUAAUCUUUUUGUUGAUGUCUCAAUUUUCAAAGCUGUUUCAGCCAUACAAAAAGUCAUCAAUUCCUCAGAGGUAUCGACUCCAAAUUGUGUUUGGGAUUCAGUGUUAUAUGAGGAUCGUGUUGGAGAUUUGUAUAUCACAGUGAAAAGAGAUGCCACAGAUGCUAGCCAUAAAGAAGUUAAAAUUAUUGGUACGAAAAGCUUCAGUGAAUCUGCUGAAGAGGUUGCCCAAAGAAAUUUACUUAAAGGGAUAACUGCAGAUGAAAGUGUAGUUGCACAUGAUAAAUUAUCACUAGGUAUGGUUACUGUAAGACACUGUGGUUACACAGCUAUUGUGAAAGUUAUGGGUGAUCUUGGGGAGGGAAGGAGUCUGUCACAAGAUAUUGUAAUUGAUGAUCAACCAGAUGGGGGAGCCAACGCACUCAACAUUAACAGCUUGCGUUUUCUCCUCUUGAAGCCAAGCACACCUGAACAUAAAAUUGGGGACUAUGACACUUCUAGUUGUCUCAUCCGUGAAGUUACUAACGAUAGUUUGAAAAAGUUGCAAGAGAAGCCUCCUGCACUGAAAAGUUCCUUCAGAUGGGAGCUUGGGUCUUGCUGGGUGCAGCAUCUACAAAAGCAGGAGACUACAACAGAAAACAGUCCUAAGAAAGUUGAGAAUGAUGGUAAGGAUGAGCUUCUAAUCAAAGGAUUAGGGAAGCAGUUUAAAAUGUUGAAAAAGAGGGAAAGAAAAUCUGGGAAUGGUAAUGUGACAGAUGUAAAUGAAGCCAAGAAUGACUCAACCAGUUCUCCAAACAUGGAAUGUAUCUUAGCUGAACAACCCAAUGAUGAAUCCAGCUCAAAGGCGGAGUUGAGGAAAUAUAUUUCUGAAGAAGCAUAUCUCCGUGUUAAAGAGAGUGGAACUGGUCUUCAUCUAAAGCCAGUAGAUGAGAUUAUCAAGAUGGCACAGAAGUAUUACGAUGAAAUUGCUCUCCCUAAGCUGGUGGCAGACUUUGCAUCAUUGGAACUUUCACCCGUUGAUGGUCGAACACUCACAGACUUCAUGCACCUAAGAGGAUUGCAAAUGCGUUCUCUGGGACGAGUGGUUGAGCUUGCUCAGAAGCUUCCUCAUAUACAGUCACUUUGUAUUCAUGAGAUGGUUACUCGAGCUUUUAAGUACAUUGUUAGAGCGGUUAUUGCUUCUACUAGUGAUGAGGCUUAUUUACCAGCUGCAAUUGCCACCACUCUGAAUUUCUUGCUUGGUUCCCAUACACCAGAGGAUAAUGAAGAGAAAUUGAGUGAUGACCAAAUUCUCAAGUUCCAAUGGUUAAGUGAAUUUCUUUUGAAAAGAUUUGGUUGGAAUCUGAAUGAUGAAUUCAAGCGCUUGAGAAAAUUGUCAAUUCUUCGUGGACUCUGUCACAAGGUUGGGAUAGAGUUGGUUCCCAGAGAUUAUGACAUGGAAAGUUCAAAUCCAUUUUGUGAAACUGAUGUCAUCAGUUUAGUGCCUUUGUGUAAACAUGUUGUAUGCUCUUCUGCUGAUGGUCGAACCUUACUGGAGUCCUCUAAGAUUGCUCUUGACAAAGGGAAGCUGGAAGAUGCCUUGAAUUUUGGAACAAAGGCUCUUACAAAAAUGAUUGCUGUUUGUGGCCCAUAUCAUCGUACAACCGCAAGUGCCUAUAGCCUACUGGCAGUUGUCCUUUAUCACACUGGAGACUUCAAUCAGGCAACUAUAUAUCAGCAGAAAGCAUUGGAUAUUAAUGAGAGGGAACUGGGGCUUGAUCAUCCAGACACAAUGAAAAGCUACGGUGAUCUUUCAGUGUUCUACUACCGUCUUCAACAUAUUGAAUUGGCCCUGAAAUAUGUCAACCGAGCCCUGUUUCUGCUUCAUUUUACGUGUGGUCUAUCACAUCCAAACACAGCAGCUACCUACAUUAAUGUGGCUAUGAUGGAAGAGGGCAUGGGGAAUGCACAAAUUGCUCUUAGAUAUCUACAUGAGGCACUUAAAUGCAACCAGAAAUUACUUGGAGAUGAUCACAUUCAGACUGCUGCCAGUUAUCACGCCAUAGCCAUUGCUCUUUCAUUAAUGGAAGCAUAUUCAUUGAGUGUGCAACACGAGCAAACUACACUUCAAAUUCUUCAAGCUAAGCUUGGACCAGAGGAUCUCCGAACUCAGGAUGCUGCUGCCUGGCUUGAAUACUUUGAAUCAAAAGCAUUAGAGCAGCAAGAGGCUGCACGAUCUGGGACACCAAAACCAGAUGCUUCCAUAGCUAGCAAAGGACAUCUCAGUGUAUCAGAUCUCCUUGAUUACAUAAAUCCGGAUAAGGAUAUAAAGGCUUUGGAUUUGCACCGUAAACGGCGUUCAAAGGUGUUUCCAGUUUCCGAGAAAUCUCAGAAAGGAGCUCAUGAUGGAAUAAGCAACAAUUCUUUGACGGAAAACAAUAAAGAAAUUGGUGCGUCGUCCAUGAAGGUCAUUGAGUAUGAGGAUAAAAAUGACAUUAUUACAUCUCAAGAAUCCAAGGAUCCUCCUAGUUCAAUGCAUGUUGAACUGGUUGUUGAAGCGGCUGUGCAGGAAACAAGCUCGGAUGAUGGGUGGCAAGAAGCAAAUUCAAAAGGACGCAGUGGUGGCACUGCCAAAAAGCACGCCAGAAAGCGACCAAAUCUUGCCAAGAUAAAAACAACUUCCGCUUAUUCUUUCCCAAGGGACCGAAUAUCUAGGAAAGAAGUGAUCUCUCAGGGGCACAACGGUACAUCUAAGACAGUUUCUUCUGGUGAUUCAGAGAAUGUCUCUGCUAAAGUAGCAGUUCCUAAAGGUUUUUCUUCAUCAGCUGUUAGUGUUUCCUCCCCUCCUGCCAAUCUUACAACUAUGGCCUCUAAGUCAUUGUCCUACAAAGAUGUAGCUGUGGCCCCACCAGGUACGGUUCUAAAGCCCUUACUGGAGAAAGUUGAAGAAUUAAACAAAGAUAAUUCUGACUCUCAGAUCUCCAUUAGUCCUCCCGAGACACCACCGGAAGAGGAUGGAAGAAGGCACACAGUAACCUCGGACAAAUCUUCUGCCAAUCUCGAUGAUAAGCCUGUCACUGAUGAAAGGAACACAUCAACUAUGCAGGAUAUUGAUGAUAAGAACAGUGGAAAUAUCGAGUCUGAAAGCUCAUUAAGUGAGCUAGACGAUGUUUCAUCCCCAAGUACUCAAGAAAAGCCUGUGGAGGCAAAUGGGAGUAAGCUUUCUGCAGCUGCUCCACCGUUCAACCCCGGUGCCUAUGCCGUCACCCAUUUGCUAAACCGUGCUGCUGUUGCUAGUGUCUACGAUGAAAUGGCGAGGCAGGGCGUGGUUAUAGAGCCUAUAGGCUUCCCAUCAAUCGCAGCGAGAGUUCCAUGUGGUCCUAGAUCUCCUAUGUACUACAGGUCUACCCAUCCCCGCGUGAAAAAUGGCUACUCAAAGUACCAUGCAUCAUCCGGUGAAGGAAAUGGAGUUAACCCCGCCAGAACUAUGAACCCACACGCUCCUGAAUUCGUUCCGAGAAACGCCUGGAAAACCAAUUCCACCGAAGAAGAUUCCACAGUCGCCCCAGCUUGUGAUUCCGUUGUGGAGAAGACCACGGACGAUGCUAAAAACAAGAAGUCAUCAAGAAGCACCUCGGAUGCCGAGAAGACAGAACUUGCGAGGCAGAUACUUCUUAGCUUCAUUGUGAAGUCGGUACAACAUAGCUCAGACACUCCAAUCGAAUCUCCAGUUUCCGAGAAGAAGUCAGGGCUCCCAGCAAACUCAGCCGAAGCAAUUGCAAAUGAUAGCGCCAUUAUAAAGAUACAAUAUGGGAACGAUGAAGGGAAGACAGGACUAUCAUCCGAAGCAAAGAACAACGAGAGCUCAAAAAUGGGCGAUGUAAAUAGUAAUAACAAUGGGGGGGAUGGUGAAGGCUUUAUGGUUGUUACCAAGCGUAGAAGAAAUCGAUCAAAAAUCAGUAAUGGAAUCGGCGAAUUGUACAGUCAGCAAUCCAUUUGUGCUUCAGUACGCUGAAGGGAAGCUUUUGACAAUAAUAAUAAGGUAUUUCUUCUUGGCUUGAUUGCAUAUGUUGAUGAGAGUUUUGGAUUUUCUGCGAAUCUACAGUGUAGAAAAUGUUGAAGAGAAAUCAUAGGAGACUCUCGUAUCAGCCAGCAAUAAACACAACAUUAAUAUAUAUAUUUUUUCCAAAUUUUGUUGCCUGUGAAGCCAGGAUGUUCUUUUAUCUUAAAUAAUAAUUAGAACUUGGAUCCCCAUCCAUCAUUACCAAUUCCUU